AUAUACAUGUCAAACCGUGCGCUGUAUGAAACAGUCGGUUGACUGUCAUUUCUCUCGACUGUCUUGGGUUAGCUUGCUAGCCCAACACUGUACAGGUUGGCUUUGGAACUGUGUGCUACCGUCGUCGAUGGGAAUAUUUACCUGAGCCAGUCCAGCCUGAGACUGGAGGUACUUCCAGCAUUCAUCUGUAUAGUCAUCCUCUAAGAAUGGACUCAAAGAUGUAGCCCAAAAACAAUUAAAAAUAAAGGGGCUCAUUUAUGAGAUUCUUCAGCAUACCUGAAUGGAACUUUGAACCUGUGACCCUAAACUUGGCGUGUGACAUCCCCUAACCAGGGUUUGCCAAGCCAUCCUCCAACAGUCCAUUUGUGUUUAAACAUCCAGGUUCUUUUGCCAUGCUGUUCUCUCUGCGUGAACUUGUCCAGUGGCUGGGCUUUGCCACAUUUGAACUCUUCCUCCACCUUCUGGCUUUUCUGGUCUUCAGCAUGCUGGUUGCCCUGCGAGCUGACAUGUUCACACCCACCCUUAGCUGGUGGCUGGUGUUCGUCCCCCUCUUUGCCGCCGACGGUCUCAGCACCUACUUCACCGCCAUCGUGUCCACGCGGCUCUACCAGGAGAACGAGAAGCGUCUGGCAGUGCUGCGGCUUCUCUGGGUGCUGACGGUACUCAGCCUGAAGCUGGUGUGUGAAGUUCUGCUGUGCCAGAAGUUGGCGGAGCAGGAGCAAGCCAGAGACCUUUGGUUUGGCCUUAUUGUCUCGCCGCUGUUCAUUCUUCUGCAGCUGCUGAUGAUCCGAGCUUGCCGGGUCAACUGAAGAGGUGAUGGUAUGUUCUCGACAUUUAACAGGCGCUCCCCCCCCCCAUCUGCCAUGCCAUUAGAGAUUUAGAGUCAAGCGAUGGUUUUAAUGUUUCUGUUUGGCUCAUCGUCACCUCUGCUGGUCUAACAUGGACAUGCAUACACUCUAGCCCCGGUGUUCUUUGGAUUUCACAUCAUUGAACAAACAUAUGUAUGACAGUAUUCAAAAUAGCUGCUGUGUGUGUGUGCAUGUGCAAGUAAGUAACAAGGUGCCCAUUCCAUCAUCUUUUAGGCCAACAGUGCAAGCAUAACCAUGCUAUUCAAGGCUAAGCUCAACUGUUAAUUGAAAAAGUCUGACCAAUUAAUUUGGCUGGGUUUUGACCAAGUUGUAAUAUUUUUUUUUAGAAAGCUUGGAUUGGAAUAAUGCGAAUUUAACCACAGAUUGUCAGAGCAAUAACGUACGUGUGUGUGUGUGUGUGUGUGAGGAUACGGGACACAUCAGUGCCUCUUCAUUGUGCAAUCAGUGGUUGACAAUGAGCCAUGAGGAAGAUUACUACCACAGUUAUGUUUUAAAAUGCACAUGUGCUCACAACAACACAUUUUGUUAUAUGAACUACAGAAACUUAACAGGAUUUUGAAGCAAGACCAUGUCAUCCAAAGACAUUGUAGGUGUAUCAUUUUUGUGCCCGCUGCCCAAAAAUAACAAAUUGUACACAUACUUAUAUUUGAAACGUGUCAGCUGGAAAUUUAGAAGUGCACAUCUGUGUUUAUCUUAUGCUGUGCAACUGCAACAUUUAAAAGCCUCAUUCCCUAUGUGAAAUAUUAUGUAAUGUGUGUAUAUGUUGUGUUUGUGAAAGAAGCCCACAUUGAUUUGUUUCUUACUCCUUAUCUGUAUAUGCUGUGUAAAUAAAUCAAUAUUUAUGUCAUGCUUUAU